AAUGUAUUCCCACUUGUUAUUAUGACAAAUAGUCAUACAAUUAUGUUCCCGUGAAAUAAUUUUCGACUAGAAAAUGAUAAACGCAGUUAUCAUUUUAUUCUCGUUCAAAACUAUCCAGUCGCUUCGUAUAAGAUGUGUUAGUAAAAUGACUGUUAUGGUUUUGAACAGUAAGACAUAUUGUCAUCCUCUUCGCUCAAUUAGAUUUCACGGCAAUGGCAGAUAAUAUACCUAAUGUCGAUUAAUCAGUGUGCUUCUAUGCGUCAUUGCGUAAACAUUCUAGUGCUAAGUUCUUUGUUUUUAUUUUUUUUAGUGAAGUGUAAUAGCUUAAUAAUAAUAGUUAUUUACGGUAAUGAGUAAACAAACUAGGUACGCGCGUUUAAACGCCAUUAUGAAUAAUGUAGAAAGGAUUGAAGAAGAGCCAAAUCAUUUUAAUAAUGAACAACAUCAGGGAGGAAAUAACGACGUGGUUACUACGACAUCUGAAGCAGUUAUUGCUAAAGCUCAUGAAUAUAUUUUACGAAAGACGAAGAAAGCAUUUUACUGUGAGGAAAACGAAAAUGAAAUAAAUGAAGAUUUCUCACCGGAUGCAUCUGAGUAUUUGCCGAGCCCAGAAAGAAUGAAAAUUUUACAGAAAAGCGGAAGUUCAUCAAGUAUUGGAGGAAACUCAGAUUACAUAGAAACGGCCAGUCAGAAGAUAAUAAAAACACCAUCAACUAUUUCCAACGUAUCUUUAGUUUUGAACACAAUAGACUUCAUAGCAUCCCCUUCAGUCAUAUUUGAAGCUAAUAAGUUGCAAGACAAUCCUAAAGCAGACACAAACUGUAUUUUGGAUUUGACACCAACUUCAACACAUGAAAAUAAUGGACCGUCUAGAUACAAAGCAAAGCUGUCAUCAAAAAGAUGCCUCAAUAAAUUAUUUUUAAACGAUAAUCAGCCGUCACCCUCAUAUACUAGUACUAUUAUUGAUAAUCACGGGGGUGAAAAAGAAGGAGAAUCAUCAGUACCAUCUCUUUUUGAUUUGGAUGAAACAUUACAACCCGCAAAUAUUUCUGAUUGUACAUUAUUGGACAAAACGAUUAUUAACAAUGAAAACAUAAUCCCUAGUCCUCAAAAUCUGACACAAACAGAACAAAACAGUAACGUAGUGGACCAUCAGAGCCUUGAUCAUAAUGGUGACUAUGAUGGAGAAGACCAAGCCAUAAUGCAUUCAUUUAGUACAGUUCAAGAAUCGACACCACAGGAAAAAAAUACAAGAAAACGUAAACGAAAUUUAAAUGAACAUCAAGAUGUAAAGAAUAAGAAAUUAAAAAAUUCCGGUGAAGCCUAUAAAGGCUGUAGAUCGAAGAAAAUGUACGACAAAAAAGUUUUAAAAGCUAGCUGUAAGUGCACAAAGAAAUGUGGUGAAAAGGUAACUCAUGAGCAAAGAGAGUACAUAAUGCAGCAAUAUUAUAAAAUUGGAGACCACGAGAGACAAUGGCAAUAUAUCGUAAAUCAUACAUUAGUCGAAGAUGUUAAGCGAAUCACAGUAGAGCGAAAACGCACCCGAACUCAUUCGAUCAAAUACUUCUUUAGAAUAGAUUCAAACAAAAUUCAAGUGUGCAAAACCUUUUUCAUUAAUACUCUAAGCAUUUCACAUCAAACUGUAUAUACAGCACUAGAAAAAUCCAAACCUGAAGAAAACUUUAUGGACAAACGAGGGCGACAUGAAAAUAGGCCACAGCCUGUCCGAAGAAUAAGAAGCAAGCGGGGUACCAGACAGAUACCAGGCCCAAGUCCUAGCUGUGUUCCUGAACUCCAAACGUUGUACACUGAACCUGUUCCAAUAAGCAAGGCUUUAUACGAUGAUCUUAUAAGCCUCUGUAAGGCAGGAGAUAUUCCAAGUUACUAUUGUGGUUUCUACGAGUCCUUGACUUAUGGCAGUACCUGGUCUGGUGACAAUGACGGCAAUGAGGAAGAUAAUGAUGAUUAA